UGUGGUUUCUUUGAAUAUCAAGCAAGAUGAGAGUGGUUUUUCUCUGCAAAGGAUCGAGAGGCGAUGUGGCUCCGAUAUUAUCACUCGCAGUGGGCUUCAAGUAAGUUCUUGUGCAAUGUUUAUAAAUCUGCCACACUGCAGCGAAUUUUUUUUACGGUGUGUGAAUAUUUACAUUUUAGUAAAUCUCUUUGCAUGCGAUAUUAAAUCUCUGGUUUUUCAGAAUUAUCUUGGAAAAAUUUAGUUCAUGAGCAUUGAUGUAUUUUAUGUGGAAGAAAAACAACUCCUGCGCGGUUUCGAUCCUAUAAUUUUUAAGAUUUAAUUUGUGUUACUCGCAAUUCACGCUAAGCUAACAUAAAAUCUUUCAACUGAAUAAUUUUACUUUAAUUUGUGUACAUCAGUUGUAGAUUCUGAUCAAGUUUUGGACAUUUGAUGGCUUCGUUAGUAACAAGCCUCAUAUUAAGUUUAAAAAUUCACAAUUGAACAUCAUUAUUUUAGUUCAAUACACCCGCUUCCUUUUAUACUGACCAACCGGUCCAGUUCAUUGUAUGUAAACAAACACAGCAAGAAGCCAUGAUAUUGAACGUCGCCACUUUAUCGAUUUGAAUUGAAAGCUAAUUCUACUCUGCGGGUUUGUCUCAGUGAAUUUUGAAAAAUAUAGAUUACAGUAUCGGUUUAGAUGUUCGGGUUCCUUCUGUGAGUACCGGAGCACAGAUUACGUAAUACAAAAGUAAUAAAAGACAGGAAACAAAACAACUCCAAAUAAAGACUAAUCCCAAGUGACCAAAAAUACAAAGCUUUCCGGUACCUGCAGAAAGACCCGAUGUUCGUCUAAGUGCAUUUAUUAUGCAUACAUGCUUCUUUUCUAUUCAUAUCAACUAUUUAUGUGUGAAAUAGUAUGAAAUUGCUGCAUGCAUAAUAAAUGUAUGGGGUUAUACAGGAAUCUGAUUACCAGAUUACAGUCAAAUCCCAAUAAUUCGAACCUUCAAAGGAAAGAGAAAAAAGUUCGAGUUAUCAGGAGUUCAAGUUAUGAAGGGUAUUUAAAAUUAUAUAGAAAAUGAUCUGAAGGGAAAUGAAAAUUGCUUCUAGUUAGCAGGAGGUAUGAGUUAUAGAGGGUUCAAGUUCCCGGGAGUCAACUGUAUCUUCGUGGGAAAAUGACUUCGUAACAAACGGGCACCCAGAUAAGUUAACUGAAAGCUGUACAACAUUCCAUACAAGGGAAUUAAUCGUAUCCCAACCAAUUUUUCAAGCUGCUGUUGUUUUUCCCAAAACUCAAAGUUGUCAAGCCCGCUUUUUUGUUUCAUCCUCCAACUUGGUUUUUGUUUUGGUGAGUUUCUGUUGUUGUUGACAGGGUGGAAGGGGGUGGGAGAUCAACAUGCAAGGGGUACAGUUACCUGAAUGGGAAGCCAAAAGAGGUGAAAGCUUCAAUCCCCAAAAUAUCCCUGCCUCCUAAACUAUGCAUCAUUAAAUACAAAAAAAGAAGUGAACAAACAAACAUAUUUAGCUGGAAUAACAUUUUACUGGGCAACCACCUCAAUUGGGAGUAUUUUAAUAGUCCCAAUUUAAGAUGGGCCCAUCUUAAAUUGCUUUCAAAAUUAAUGAAGAAGCUCGAUUUUGCUUGUUUUUUAGUAAUUUUUAAAAAAAUUUCUCUAACUUAAAAAUGUCAGUGACUCUGGUUGAGUUCAUUGCCAUUAAAAGACAACAACAACAACAAAAUAAUAUUGAAGCAAUUUUUUCCAUCUUUUUCAGUUCCUUCCCUGCUGCCAGGGACAUUUUGUUUCUCUUGUGAAACAUCCCUAGCAACAGAGUGCUAAGCUAAGACUAAAGAGACAGCACUGUUUAUAGUAGUUUGAAUAUACAUCUACAAGUGGAUUUCUGCAUUAAUUUAUAAUUUUAUUGUUUGAUCAUAACAUAGCCUGGCUCCAGAGGUCCAAUCACAAAAUUAUGGUGGUCCAGAAUGGUCACACAUGCAAAUUAAAAAUGUUGCUGCAAAUUAAAAAUAUUACAUGCAAAUUAAAAAUUGCACAUGCAAACUAAAAAUAUUACCUGCAAAUUAAAUAUAUCACAUGCAAACUAAAAAUUGUGCUGCAAAUUGAAAAUAGAAAACAUAUCGAUGCAAAUUAAAAAUGAAAAGUCCUGCGCGCGCAGUAUGAGUGAUGAGGACCUGGUCUGAGCCAUGCGACCUGGCCUUACAGCCGUCGGCCCAUUCAUGUUUCAUGUUUGAUGUUUGUAAUAUUUUUAGUUUGCAUGUACAAUUUUUAAUUUGCAUGUUCUAUUUUUAAUUUGCAGCAACAUUUAUAAUUUGCAGGUAAAAUUUUUAGUAUUUGCAUGUGUGACCCUUCUGGGCCACCGUACAAAAUACCUAGGAUGAAGCUCCUGAGCAUCACACCUCACUGUUGCAUGGAACUAUCAGGAAUUGAAUAAGGCCAUCCUCUUUUAUUUUCUCCAUUUAACAUCGUCUGACCGACCCAAAUUUUUGGCAGUUUCAAAAAAAAAAAGUAACGAUCUAGUUAAACCAUUUUUCACUUGAAAUAAUUCUUUUAAUCUGAAAAAUGAGCAUAGUAACAGCAUAGAGAAAAACAGGAACAAAAACAGGAACAUUUUUUACCAGUAUGUAAUUGUGCAUUUUGUUAAUCCAGAUACGUAAAUGUUAACUUUUAACGUCAUCCUGGAGUACCAGGGCCUCCUGUUCCAAGCUUGUGAUUUUUUUUUUUAGUUUUUUUUUUCAAUCCAUUUGACCGACCCAAUAUCAUUAAAUGCAUUCGAUGCUAAAUGAAAAAAACAGGGGAUGGCCUAAGAAAGAACAAAACCUUAUUGGCACUCGGGGUAAUCAUCAAUCUUGCAGAGAAACCUAUUUGGGAACAACUUCAUAAAGCAGCAUAUUAGCUUGACCCUUAAUGAGCUUUAAACAUGGUUCUCUGAGGGCAAAUGAUAUCACGAAAAGUUGAUUUGAUUUGGCCAUUCGACUUGUCUGAAUUAACCUUAAUUUCAGAUUACCCCAAAUCAUUUUUGUCCCCUAUCCAGAGGGUAAUAUUGAUCCCGUACUCUUGGGGGAGAGAUUUGCGAAGUAAAAUGUAUUCACAUCCUGCAUUCAAUUUAUUUUGAAUCAUGAGCUGUGUUUCAAAAAAUCAUGUCACUAGGAAAUCAGAAUGUUUCUGUGGUCUGCCUUUAAGAGUUGCUACCCACUAAGGCAGUUUUCUGCAGGUCUAUAAAUUAUUACACAAUAGGUGAUGUGACAGUUUUUUUCUUGAUGUUUUUUUUGGUAGAAAGAGCAGCACUGCAGAUUCUUGUACCUUAGCCACUCAUGCUUGCCAUAGACUCAAAUUUGACAGCAUUCUGCAGAAGAAUGGCAUUGAUUUUGUGGCUGUGGAUGAACUUGGAAGUGAUAGUGGACCACGGAAUAGUGAAAAAAUGGAGGUAAUGUUUUUGGCCACAAGCAACCAGUGGGUUAUUUGAAUUCCUGAGAUGGGUAAAGGAGAGGGCACUGUGAAAAGUAAGUGCUAUCCUCUGCAACAUUGAAGGCCUUCAGUGACAAGUGCAACUUAAGCCUUUUUAGCCAAAAAAUUAAAAAAACAAUCAUUAUGUCUUGGCUUGCUCUACAUAUACAGUGUAGGUACUGUCACUAGCAUGUUUAAAUUAAUAAUUACCGGUAUAUUAAAAUAAUUAUUAUUGGUUCACCUUUCAGCUACAAGUGUGUAGUGGAAGAGGUUUCUCCAAAAGUCAGCAACAGGAUAGAAUAAUAGAGAUGCACGGGAGUUUGAAAGCUUGCAGAGGUGCAGAUGCUAUUGUGUUUAAUCUCUUUGCAUGUGAGGGAUGGUUUAUUGCUAAAUACUUUGAUGUACCAUGCGUUGCUGCAUCUCCAUUUGCCGUUACCAGGUAAAGUCAUGUGAUAUACUUAGGACCUGAAAGGCAUUCUCCUUAAAACUCCUCUGACUAUUUCUAUUUUUUCUGUGAGUCUCCCAUUUCAGUGAAAAUCUUGUAAUGGGAGCAAUAAUAUUGUUUUGUGGGAAAUAUUCCUUUAACAUGUACAUGUAUUUGUCAUGUGUGUGUCUCCCCAUUUAUUUAGCAGUUUAUAAUAUGUACAUAAUUUUACAGUAUAAAUAAAUACCUUUAUAUCUCCAUCUUUAUUAUAUUUUAUUUGUGGUUCUUAUUGAGUCUUUUUUUUCAAAAUUUUGCUCAGCGAAGUAUUUAGAACUGUUUAAACUCAUCGCAAAUUGAUGAGCUUGGGAACUGGUACCUUAAAAGUUAGCGGGGAAGGGCCCGAGGUAAUUCAGGCACUGCAGGGAGGUUUCCAUGGCAACCCGGCAAGCGGGAACCACCCCAGUAGCAGCCGCUAACAGGCACCGUCACACUGAAACUAGUCCAGUGGAAAUACUUACCUAACCCGAUACUUACCUCUGCAAUCCAGAAGCCCUCUGGGACGGGAGGGUGGGGCUAAUGAAUCCGCAAAGAUUCGCUCACAGAAGCAGUGAUCGCAACGAUCGCUAGCAAGCAAGGCUGUAUGUAGUUUGCCCCUGCGAACUCCAAAGGGGCGCCCCCACGGAUCCUGUGCAAACUGGGCGAGACCGCUGGUAGCAUUAGCUCGAGAUUAACCUUGACUAAAUUACAUUUAGCCACAUUAAUUUAUCAUUAAUAAAAUUUUUAAAAGUGUGUCUCAGCAAGUCUUGGGAUUUACCACUGACCAUCCUUUUUGUUGGGUAUAUUUGAGGAGAGAAUGUGUACAUGUAACUACUUUUGUUUUUUUUUUUAGAUAAAGAAUGAUGACAGUAUAGUUUUGUGACUUAUUUAAUAUGUUUACAAUAAUUAAUUUUUAACCUUAUUUGCCACAGAACACCACCUGUAACCUUUGAAAGUAAAUUUAUUGAUGCUUAUCCAGAUUUGUAUGAGAGAUUGCAGGAGUCACCACGAGGUAAACUAUCAUCUAAUCAUGAUUAUUAUAAAAUUCUGUAAUCUGAUUGCCUUUCAACAUUAAUAGGACAGUCAGUAAUAGGACUAUUAUUAGUGUAACGAUUAAUAGAAUUCUUUAUUAAUCGUGAUUAUGACCGUUUGGUUUGAUUCACAAUUCUUUGCUUCCACGUUUCGAUUUUGGUUCGAUUUUUGCGCACCUAUUCCAGGGUGCCCUCAAUGAGUUAUUAUAAUAUUGUAAAAUUAGAAUCCAGAACUCUUUAAAAUGUGCAUUUUUGAUUGACAAGCAAAGACGAUAGCAGUUUGUGUACCAUUUUGUGUUGCCUGGUAAAAAUGUUGUCCUUCAACCACCCCUUGAGAAUAUCCAAACAAGGCAAAACCAUGUGCAAAACGCUCUUUGUCAGGUUCUCAAACAUGGUGACGAACCAAGCAACUGUGAAUCCUUACAUCCCUGUUACUAUUCUCUAAUUAUUGAGGGUUUAGGGUUGCAUGUUGUUAACAUUAAGCAUUAUAUUAUAAGAAUUAAGAAACAUAUUUACAUAAUCAAAUCAAAAUCAAAUCGAAUCGCAAGGAAUAUGAAUCGUUACACCCCUAAGGACUACCGUAAACUUCCAAUUAUAUACAGUAAGCCCUACCUCUUAAUAAGCCCCACCCCCUAUUUAUAGACCCAUCUAUCUGUAAACAAAACAAAAUACGUCCGGGUAUAAGCCCGCCGCAAUAUAAGCACCCCUCUAGCUUGUAUUAAAAUGAAUUUGACUUUUUACGACGUUUUGAAGCUUAAAAGGCGAUCAAAUUCGAAAAGUAUUUUGAUCAGCACUGCUACUGUACAUAUCUUGUUUUGAAACACUUUCUUAAAUUGUAUGGAAAUAUCAAUUCUUGAAGUUUUUAAAUUAUCUUUUUGAAAGAACAAUGUACAGAAUUGUCAGGCAUUACAACAGCAAUAAUAAUAAUUUAAUAAUUUUAUAUUAAUGUUUUUGAGUCUUAUACCUAACAGUCAGUCUAGACUGGCGGACUUUUAAUUAAGAUAAAGGUCAUGUUUUAUAUUUGUAGGUCGAGUGAGCUAUGGUGAUAUUGAUCACUGGAUGUGGCGACUGUACUUGGAUGAUUUUGGUGAAUUUUGUGACAGCAUUGGCCUUCCGGUGUGUCCUUAUGCUGAGCUGCGACCUGAGGAUCCUCUCCCUCCAUCCACCACCUUAUUGUAUGGUAUCAGUCCCAGAGUGAUUGAAAAGCCUCAGUAUUGGCCUGACAGGUGAGCCUAAUGCCAUUGUUUAGCUCUUCUGUACAGUGGGUCAUACAUGACCAGGGGCCCGUUUCUUGAUAGAAGUCCCGAUAACUUUUCGAGCAUGAAAAGCUGUUUUGUGUUUGUUGGGUUUGCAUUCAAGAUCAAAGUUUCAAUUAUUUUGAAAAUGAGAAAUGAAAGUACAAAUUGACCGGUUUGUGAGCUAGGAAAUGUGCUACCUUUGAACAGGUUUUGAUUUCAAAAUUUGCCUUCGGACCCAAAAAGCUACCGGGCCUUUUGUAAAACAGGCCCCAGAGCUGCCUGUUACCCCGCCCCCCAUACAGAUCCAUGUCUCUUCUACAGCUUAUGAUGUCAUCAUGCAGUAAGAAAGUUUUGCUUUCUGUGCAUGCCCGAACUUCUGAAGCUAAUAUUUUACAUCUUGAUCAGAUGGUCAUGAAGUCUAUGACUUGUAAAUGACUUUUUGGUAUGCUUUAGCUCUUCAUAGCCAGACAGUGACCAGAAAACUUCAAAAUGCCUUUUUCACUUAAAUUCCCAGGAACGAAUGGGUUAAAAGAUGUUUUUUCUUUUUUUUCAAGUGGCAAACCAAGAAAUAGCGUUUGGAAAUGUCUGCAUGAUACAGAAUAGCUUUACUUUUUUUGAUCGUAAUUCAUGUUAAACAUUCAAACUAUCAACUGCAUGCAGUACUCUGAACCGGUUGUUAAAUUCCAUAAUCAAACUCGGUCACAAUCACGCAAUGAAAUAAAUACACACACGGAACACUUAUUCAAAAACACAACUAUUUGCUUUAAUUAAAAAGAAGCUAUUUGGUCCUUAGCAUGGAAAAAAGAAAACAAGGAAACGAGAAAAAAAAGCUAACAGAAUCAUUACACUUGAAGGUGAAAAUAGCUAGAAGGUCAAAUUACAACAUUGGUCUCAGAAACUUCGCAUAAAGAAAAUCACUGCCGAAACCACAAAGCGGCUCUACAUGAAAAACCUACCUACUCUCCACAAUAAUUCUUCAUUCACAGUUCAAUUUAGCAUUUCAGUUUCGAAGACGAGGGCAAUUUUGCCGUUUACGAUUAAAGAUUAUCGAAAUGUUUGAAGUCCACGCAAGCAUACCAGGGAUGUGAUCUGCUGAAUAUCAAGCAACAAUCGUGCUAAAAUUCCUAGAGCAUAAUAAUGCACAAUUAUGUGAAUGUUUAGACUAUCAACCGAUCAAAAUCACUACCCGGUUAUCAGGUAUUGAUCACGUCACUGGAUGGCAUUAACAGCCAGUCGAUUCAAACGUUGCUGAGAGGAGAAAACGACUCGAAGCAAUUGGAUGAAAUUAAGGCUGGGGGGAGGGAUGUGUUGGAGUGGUGAAUCAGUAUCUAGAUAGGGCUGCCUGAUGUUCCAUCGCGGAUCUUAUAUCAUCACUGGAUAUAAAAGGCAACAAAAAAUCUCACUGAUAAAGACUUGAUUUCCACAGUGUUGUUCUUUGUGGUUAUUGGUUCUUGGACAUGCCAGCUGAGCCUAUUGAUGACAUCAAAGUGUAUCAUCCAGCAUCAGGUUUUAGCACACUCCCAGACUUCUUGUCAAGGCUUAAGCAAAGUGGUGACAAACCAGUUUACAUUGGAUUUGGUUCCAUGGAGGAGUUGGGAUUCUUUUCAAGUGUUGAUUGUGUUGAACUUUUGUGCAUAUUGAAUGAAGGUACACAAAUAAAUCUUUUUUAAUUACAGUUCAACCUCCCGCAAGGGACCACCCAAAAUGUGAUGAUUUAGUUGUUGCUUUCAAGAAUCACACCACACGGACACUUCCUAGAAGAGGUCCUGACACAUCUACUUUUGCAUGCAAUUUCUAAGUCAUGUAUAAUAAGUACUUCCAUGUUGUCACUGAAAGAUCUUUCUAUACAAUCAUGUACUCUGAGUUUCAUAGCACACACAGAGAAAAAAGAGACCACACUUAUGUAAGUUUUGCAUCAAGUGGCCACUUGCAAAAUAUCCAGAACAAUGGAAACCAAAAAACUGUCAGGCCAAUAAGUGAUCACUGUCGCUUAUGAGAGGUGGUCAUUUGCAAGAGGGUCUAAAUUGUAGGACUUUGACUGGGAAAGUAAUGGUGUUUUGGAUGGGUGGUCGUUUAUGGGAGGUGGUCGCACAUGGAGGUUUGAGUGUAGUUGAUAACUGACUGUUAAGAAUUUCUUUUCCUAAGUUGCCAAAUUAGUCAGUAUAACUUCAUACCAAGUUUUUGAAAAGGCAGUUUGUGUUGUGCACAUAAGGCUAGGUUUGUAAAUAUUAGUCAAGGGAUUAUAUUACAUUACAGUUGAACCCCUCUACAACGGCCACCUUGGGACAGAAGAAAGUGGCCGUUGUAAACAGGUAGCCUUUGUAGAGAGGUUUUAAACAAGAGUCAAUUUAUGGAUUUUUUGUCCGCGGGAAUGAAAAAAAAGUGGCCGUUGUAGAGAGGUGACCGUUAGUGGAGGUUUGACUGUGUUACUUUUCUUUUUUUAAAGUAUGGUCAGUAGUCUUUGUCUCUCACAUGAUUGCAAUUUUCCACGAAUCUGACAUGUGCUGGAAACGAGCAAUUCUAUAUUUACAACUUUUAAUUCCAUUGUAGAAGAAAACAAAUAACUUAAAGACGUCAAUUUUUCUUUGUUGUUACUGACUUAUAGACCGCAGAAAUGAUUUUGUUAUGUUCAACACUUUCAGUGAAACCAUCUGCUUGUGGAUCACAUGCAAACAAUCAUGGAAAGCUAUCAAUGUUUAAGACCGGUUUGCUUUACUUCGGCUUUAUCGAAUGUGGCAAGGACCAACCACCAGCUACUUGAUGUGUUUGCUAAAGAGGAUUUUUUUAAAGAGACCUUCAGUGCUGUUGUUUUUAUUUUUUUUAGGUCUUGUUCAAUGUGGCAGAAAAGCACUUCUUCAGCUGUCGCCCACCUCGAACCUCCUCAAGUCAUGGGAAAUGUUAUGCAAGAACUUUCAAAACUGCAACAUCCACUGCAUUAUGGAGUAUGUUUCUCAUUCCAAACUCUUUCCCUUCUGUCAAGCUGUGGUGCAUCAUGGAGGCAGUGGUACAGUCGGCAUGGCAUUAAAAUGUGGCAUUCCACAGAUUGUGUGUCCAUUCAUGUUUGACCAGUCAUACUGGGGCGAUAAGGUUGCUUGGAUGGGCGUAGGAGAAACUGUUGGCCAUCCUAGGUCACUCAAAGCCGAGGCAUUUGCUACUGCUCUCGUCAGUGUAGCAAGUGACGAUAUACAGAAGAUGGCUGUUUCUUACAGCAAAAUGUUAGCUGCAGAGGAAGGGAUGGAGUUUGCAGUUCAGCAACUAAGAACAGAGUUUAGCACAUUAUGAUGAAAAUUAGAACUUCUUAACACUUCUAGUCUUCUACGCAGCCGUUUCUUUUAAUUAGCCCGUAAAAACAGAUGUUCCUCUAGCGGCGAGGGAUGAUGAGGAACGUCUGUUUUCGCUGGCUACCGUGUCUUCAGUCGUCACGCAAUGAGAAGCGUCACGGUUUUUUUUUUUUUCAAAAUUUGUCAGUGAGUAGGUUUUCUCCCAGAUGCAAUUUGUGGAGGGUAGGAGAUGGGGUCCUUUUAUGUAGUCUCUUGUGGACGCUCACACAUAAUGGGGGGCUUAAGCAAAGCCUACGGUCUAUAAGGUAAACCAGAAAGAGAGCUACUUCAGAAUACGCGGUCACUUAAAGGAAUGCUUCAACGAACGAGGCAAAAACACAAAAGUUUCUUUUGAUAUUCAACAAGAUGCAAAUAAGGGGCCGUAUAAGUUAAGCCUAGAGAGUGAUUCGGGUCGUGAAUUUAACAGGAAUCAGGGCCAAACACAACUCCUCUCCUCCGCCCUGCGCAAGCUCUGGAAAACAAAAUGCCUGCUUCUCCUGUAGCUGGCGAGAGAUGACACGGGGGAGGGGUAGGAGGAAAGAUAUCCUUGGUAGACUAGGGACGAUUUUUAUUGACAGCUUGACCGAGGGCAUGAUACGGCCAUUUGUUUUGUACCAAGAUAUAAUGAAUGGGAGUCUAUUCUUAGUUACAUAUCGUUUUCGGGUUGUUGUUUCUGCUUUGUAUCUCUGAUUUUGUUUUCUAUGUUGUGUUUCCAUUGUAGAUUUCUUUUUGUGUGUUUCUUUUUUAGGAAAUGUUGUGGCGUAUCGGGAUUUAUGCUCCUUUUUUCUGGUCGUGUGUUUCCGUUUUGGCUUGUGUGUUUCUGUUUCUUGUUUUGCAUUUUUUUUUUUGUAAUUUUUUGUUUUUGCUCUGGAGAAAAACUAUUAUUGCAUCGUGGUUUUGGCAAAUUUGGAAAAUCUUUAAACAC